GUCGUCGUCAUCGUCAUCGUCUGUUCUUUUACUGGCAGCCACAAACCAAACCACAAAGCGUGGCGUUGGCUUCUUUCUCCGCCUUCAUCGCUCCCCUUCUCUCUCUCGUCUUCCUCCUUGUCCCCUCCCUCUCUCUUGCCGUCGUCGUUCUUUCCAUCCCCUUCCUCCUUUUCUCUCGCCGGCGAUCGAUGAUCGUUCCUGUUUGGGAGGGUUUGGAGACGCUUCUUGCGAUCUACUGGUGUCGGAACCCUUCCUGCUCUUCAUCUGAUUUGGCUCCAAAGGGAAUCGGAGAAAGAUGGGUCACUUGAACUCUGUGGGUGGGAUUCAGGCGGACGGCGCUCCAGUCAGCGGUGGAGGGCUCAGUCAGAAUGGGAAGUUCAGCUAUGGGUAUGCAAGCUCUCCUGGGAAAAGGUCUUCAAUGGAAGACUUUUACGAAACAAGAAUUGAUGGUGUUGAUGGAGAAAUUGUUGGCUUGUUUGGAGUUUUUGAUGGUCAUGGUGGUGCUCGAGCAGCAGAGUAUGUCAAAGAGCACCUCUUCAGCAAUUUGAUUAAACACCCCAAGUUCAUUAGCGAUACCAAGUCAGCUAUAGCUGAUGCAUACAGUCAUACUGACUCAGAGUUUCUGAAAUCUGAGAUUAGUCAAAAUCGAGAUGCUGGCUCAACUGCUUCCACUGCCAUCCUUGUUGGUGAUCGUUUGUUGGUUGCAAAUGUUGGAGAUUCUAGGGCUGUUAUAUGCAGGGGAGGGAAGGCAUUUGCUGUCUCGAGGGAUCACAAGCCCGAUCAAACAGAUGAGAGACAACGGAUUGAAGAUGCUGGAGGCUUUGUGAUGUGGGCUGGAACAUGGCGUGUCGGUGGUGUUCUUGCUGUAUCACGUGCAUUUGGUGACAGGCUCUUGAAGCAGUUUGUCGUUGCAGAUCCAGAAAUCCAGGAGGAGGUAAUUGAUAAUUCCCUGGAGUUUCUUAUCCUUGCGAGUGAUGGAUUGUGGGAUGUUGUUACAAAUGAGGAGGCCGUAGCCAUGAUACAGCCCAUAGAGGACCCAGAACAAGCGGCAAAGAGACUUUUGCAGGAAGCGUAUCAAAGAGGGAGCGCUGACAAUAUCACUUGUGUUGUGGUACGUUUCUUGGCUGGCCAGGAAAACACUGGAACAGUGCAACAGUGACGCUCGCUGCUUCAUCUUGUUUUAGUCUUAGUUGUCAGCGACUAGUGUUUGACCGAGAAAUCAAUGGAUUUUGCACAUAUGAAAAGCUGCCAGGUUGCUGAAAUCUUUGUUUGUGGAAGAAGGUUGAAUUGUCUCCGUAACACCCUUGUUUGUUUACUCAUGGUGGCUAACCUACAAAAUUGUGUUGUAGAAGAAUUUUAGUCCUGAAUGUAUCCGAUUAAGACUUAAUUUGAUGUAAUAUAUCAACUAAUGUUUGAAUGCA